AUUGUUUGAAUUAUUAACAAAUAAAUAUUAAAUAGAAGUGAUCUCGCUAGAUUUAUUCCUCUUUGCACGAACAACCAAUCAGAGGAUAAAGAAAAGGAUACCAAAAUUUGAAUUGUUGAGAUGCAACAUAGAAUGUCGAGAUCUUUGUUAUUGUAAUUUUAUUUAUUAUUAUUAAUUCACCUACACUGUUGGAAUUGAACUGUAUUUUGAAAUGAUUGAAUUAUAUUCAUGUUUUAAUGUAUUUAUUCGUCUUGUAAGUCAGAAAAUGGAAUGUAAACAAAGGAAUCAUUUUUCAUAAAAAUAUGACGUGUGCAUUACGUCACUCAGCUGCAACCAAUAGCAAUCGUCCUAUGCAAAUUAGAAACAAAGAGAUUUCUAGAGUUGUGAAUUGAAUGGGGAGGAAGAAGAUUUUAGCCUGUUCUAGCACUGACCUGGCCCUAGUCACACGUUUUUGAGUAAACUUGCACUCUUGUUGGAAAAUUUUAUGUAAAUUAUUUUUAACUGUUUCUUUGUGAAUUUAAAUGUUAAUUGUAAAGUUCCUUUUUGUUUGUGGAGAAAAUAAUUAACGUGAAAUACCCGAUUGAAUCUACAUGAAUCGCAGAGUGAUAUACCAGCAACACGUUCUACUUGGAGGCCAGAAAAUCCAGCCCAUGGCAGAAGAAUAAUUAUUUGCGAACCAAGGAAAAAAGGAGAACAUAGUCGCGCCCGUGGCCGUAUGAGCGUGGAGGCGGCACACAACGAGAGCUGGGCGGCAGAUGGAGCGGAUGCGGAGGGGGUGGCAGCGCUGUCCGGGGGGGCGGUAGCGCUGGCCUGCCUCUAUGCCCUGGUGCUGGCAGUUGGCCUCCUGGGUAACGCGUUGAUCGCGUGCGCUCUGCUGCGUCAGCGUGCCACCCGCAACCUGUUGCUGCUCAACCUAUGCGCCUCCGACUUGCUGGUCUGCGGCCUCAGUGGCCCCGUCAGCGUCGUCAUCGCUCUCCGCCCCAGGGUCUCCAUGGCGCUUGUCGCCUGCAAGGCCGUCUUCUUCUUGCAGGGUGUUCCAGUGGCAGCGAGCACACUGUCUCUGAUGAUGUUGUCGGUAGACAGGUAUGCGUCGAUCGAGCACCCACACCUUCUAUCGCAGAUGCGUCAAAGUCGACGACUGCCCGUCCUCAUGAACAUGUUCGUGUGGCUGGUGGCCCUGCUCGCCUCCUGCCCCAUUCUCUACUCAAGAACUACCACUCUGCCUGGAGCCGUCUGCGAAGAGGUAUGGCCGACAUACAGCCUGCGCGUCUCAUUCACUCUGUGCCAGGUGGCCGUGGUGUACGUGGUGCCCGGGCUGACGGUGGCCGCCUGUCACCACGUGGUCGGCCACAAGCUGUACGCGGUGUCGCUGGUGGCAGCCGCAGCAAAUGGUGACAUCCCGCUGCCCAUGCCCAUCCUCGGCCGCCAGAAGGAGGUCAUCAUUGUCGCCUCCCUGCAGCCCGACCUGCCCUCCAAGACAAUGCAGAGACACAACAAAGAAGGAGAUGGCGACGAGGCUGACGAUCGUCGCAAGAGGUCCACGAGUCGCCACAAAUCGCUGAAGAGCUCAGAGUCAGGCCGCAGCAAACCACCGCUCACCAAGCAGAUGAGUCGGCAGUCGCUCAACAGUCGCCGGCGGCUCGCCAACAUGCUCGUCGCACUUGUCGUCGUGUUCGCCACCUGCUGGCUGCCGUAUGUCGUGCUCAAAAUCUACUCAGUCGAUCCGUCAGCCGACGACGCACUCAUCCAGAGUCUGCUGCCGUUCUGCCUGCUGCUCGGCCACACGCACUCUGCCAUCAACCCGAUCGUCUACUGGUUCCUGAACCGGCAGUCGGUCAACCUGACGGCCGCCUGCUGUGGCCCGCUCUGGACCCGCAACGGAUCGCACAGUGGCAGCAAGGGCAACUUCCGCUUCCUGGCCGCGCACAAGGACAGGGAUCGCCGGCCAUCCUCCACCAACGAGGCCGCUCUUGGCAUCUUCCAUCCACGCUACACUGUGCCCAAACCGAGGCCGCGCACACAACCUCGCGAGUCGUCUCAGUUCUAUGUUUAAAACUGAUUUCUAGUUGUAUAAUGUUUCAUAAAUUAUUAUAACCUUGGCCGCGAUGCAUUUAUAAUCUGCAAUAGAGUAAGCUUCCGAAUACAGAGGAGUGAAAACGUAGAUAUAUCAUAAUAAUAAACCGUACCGAGUUUUAGUUAGUAAUAUUCAAAUUACAUACCUGAUGCUUUCUUUACUUACGAGUCUUGAUAACAGCUGGCCAUGUUCUCUUAUUGUUACUGUAAGGUUGGCCACUAACGGUAUGUAUAUCAUGCACACACAAUGUUCAUCAUGCAUGUUUUGUCAUCAGCAAAAGGCAUCUAACAUAAAAUAAACAACCAAUAACAAUCAAUCAACUACUGUAAAAUUACAAAUUAUAAUGAUAGAAAAGUUAUAUAACCUCAAAUAGAGCAGCAAGGAAAAAAUAAACAAAAAUUUGGAGAAGCAAAAACCUAGCCUCAAAAAAUUUUGCUGGAAGCCUUUCGCUGUGAUGACACAACAAUGUAUGUAGACUAUGUAUCAUGCAUCAUGUUCUACCGUUAGUGGCCAGUCUUAUAUUAUUAUUACACUUGUGUCAUCAUGGAUGGUUAUACGACCAACGAUCAAGGAAGAGGUUUUGGAAAAAAGUGGGCUACGAAAACAUACCUACUUACUCUUGCCCCCCUCUGAAUUAGUUGCUUACUCAAUCUAAUUUAAUUCCUAAAAUAUCUAAUAGUUUUGUUGAAACACCGAAGAUUAUUUUUUAUGAGACUGAUGAGUAGGCUAUUUGAAUCCAUUAUGAGAAGAUUAACUGAUUUAACAACACAAAUAUCAUAGUGAUGAUAAAGGAAAAUGCAGUAUUUCACACCUGUAACAAUAUUCAAUUCACAUUAGUACACAAUUGAUUCAUCUACCUAUGUUGCAAACUUAUUGGAUCCAAUCGCACAUCAGAGUCAAUGUACCUGAGAAUUAUAAUAAAAAAGUAACCAUGACGCGUUCAUGGAAAGAAAAAUGAUUUUCUUCUUUUAUUAUGCAUGCCAUAUUUUGUUCUCCAUCGAUUAAUACGUAUGUAUAAUAAUGGUACGGCAGUACCGUAGAAUAAAUUUCCAAGUACGUAAACACUAAGAAUCCGAUCUUGAAUAAAUAUAAAAAUUCCAAAGAAUGAAAGCUCAAACAAUUUUUUUAUACAAUACGAAUCAUGUACACCUUCAUUCCUAUCGACAAAAUUUGUGCAAAUUAAAUUAUUACAUACUUAUUGUUAUUGAUUUUAUGACAAAUUAAAAAAAUCUUGCUACUGAUGUUGAUUCAUUCUACGGUACACUGUAGAUGAAAGGUUAAACAGUGUAACUCUCACUCAGAGCAAUACGAUUCAGACCUGGAAACGAACUCAGAUUUUUCAAAAAUAGUAGGCCCAUUUACUAUGGUAAAUUACCAUUAAAUGGUAAUUUAUAAUUAUUGGCCAAUCUAUUUACUACUGUAUUUAUAAUAGGCCUAUAUGAAUAAUAGGCCAAGUAUUACAGAUUUUAUAUGAUAAAUGUUAAAUUCAUAUCAAAUUUGGUUUUUAUUGUUGUGUUGCUCUAGUGCAAUAUUUAUAUAUCAAUUAAUAAUAAAAGUAGAAUUGAAAUUUCCGUUAAUUUAAAUCUUAGUGAAGUUGAGGGUAGAGAUUUUUCAGAAACCCAUUCUUGACUAUUACAUAUGAAUCACUUGUUAAACUUUCCAUUCUUGGAUAUCUGAAGGUUCGAUCAACAAAAAUGUAUACGUUUGUAUGGAAAUUUUAUCCAAUUUAAUAAGUAGCCUACACAUGAAAUAAGUUUAUAAGUUACCGUAUAAUUUGAACGAGACACAUAAUGAUUUCAUACUUCUUCUAUUUUCAUUCAAGACCAUUCCAUCCAUAAAUAAAAAAACGAUUAUAGCUAUCAACUAUUAAUAAGCUAAUGUAGUGAACUAUUUCAUUAUUCAUUAUUGUUCGUAUGUGCCUCAAUGUUAGAGAAGACUUUUCUUCCUAUCAACUGAUCAACUGAGAUUAAAUAAUAUUAGCAAUGUUACUGAAGAGUAAGCGAAUAGUGUGUGAAUGGUAAUAAGAUAAACUAGGCUAGUACUAGAUUCAACUAGUAUAAACUAGUUUCAACUAGGCUAGCUGAUAGAAUGUAAAAUUCAAGAGUACUGGCUCGAAAUAAAUUGAUAAUAUUGGUUGAACACGGUAUUAAAACUUGUUCAAAAAGAGCACGGAAUAUUACAUGAUUAUAUCCGCUAGUUGUAGGCCUAUAAGAUGAUCUGUUUCAUCAUCAACUACAAAACUUUAUAGAGCAAUCUAUGAAUAGAAAAAAAUGAUGAAUAAUCAGAUGAGGACAGAAUAUAUUUCUUUUCAAGUAGCUUUACUCAGAAUAAUGUGUUCGACGACCAUGGUCUAUGGGUACAUUCGAGUACUGUUUGAUAAUCUCAAUGGUCAUCAAGAUAGUCAAUAUUGCUGUUAGUUAACCUACUACAUAGGUACAGUUAGAAAGCCUUCCUUAAUUUGUGAUAAUCUUAAAAUAAAGAUUUUGAAUUUAAUUUUCAAAAUAGCAGAAAAUUACUUGGCUUGUACAGUCUCACUUUGAAAGUCAAUACAGUACUCUUCUGACUGAAAUUAGAUUAGUGAUGUACAAUAUUGAUUGAUUAUUAUAAAAUAAGCAUUUCUAUUGUAGCUGAUGAUUGGAAUAUUGAAUUUGAGAAAUUGACAAUGCUAGAAGUUCAUUGUUCGCUGUGUUCAAUAUGAAAAACUGACUUGAAACUACUUCCGAAAACAUUUUCACGAUUUUUGGCAUUCUUCUCAUGAUGCACUUUCUUUGAAUCAAUCAGAUAUUCUAUUGCUAUAGCCUAAUGAUGUAAAGAUACAAUAGCUUGUAACGAAUUUGAUGUGUAGCAACUCAGCUAUUUUUGUACAUAAAUAUAUUCUCUUAUGUAACCUCUACUAUUGAUGUUAUUCUACUUUCAUGACAAAAGACAAUCAAUUCCAAUUCAAAAGCAAUCUAUUUUCACACAAUCUUCCACUUGAUAAAAACAUUAACAGUAUUGAAUUUCAUGCCUGGAAGAGGUUUCUAUGUCUUACCACAAAUCUGAAAAUUAGUUUUUCAAGUACUUCAUAAAUAUUUAUAACUUUCUUAAUAAUGGGAAAUGCUAUUUUAAAAAUAUAUUAUGAUUCAACUCUAUCCUAAAAAGAGAUGUUGCUCAUCCGUAAUAUUCCCAGUGACAGGCUAAACAGAUAUCAUUUGUAUCAAUUAAAGGUGGAAAAUAAAUGUAUAUUUCAGUUAUGAGCUAAAAUAAUAUUAUAAUACUGCUGGCGUAUAUUAGCUGGUUAAUUUUAUGAAUGAUGUUUUGCAAGGUUACGGAAUACAGUAGACAUCUCUUCAAUAUCUUCUUGAUAAUUAUAUUGAAGCCUAAUGAAAUAUAUUUGGUAACUAUUCAUUGUUGGAUGUAAUGUAUAUUUUAAAUCUAAUUGUUGAGUGUUCAAUGAAACUUGAAUGUGGGUGUGAAUAAAUUUGUUAUGUAAUAAAUAUUCUCUUGAUAUCGGACCAAUAAACUAUGUUGAACCA